AUGACGGCCCCCAACAUCCAAAGGGAAUUAACUAGUGUUUGUGCUCAUUUGAUGACCAAGAAAAUUAUUGCAGAAAUUGUGAAAGAUAAACAACCAUUCUCUUUACUAGUUGAUGAAUCUCGUGAUGAAGCAGUGAAAGAACAAAUGGCUAUUGUUUUUCGCUAUGUGGACAACAUAGGUUAUGUUAUUGAACGUUUUAUCGGGGUUGUGCAUGUUAAGAAUUCUUCUGCAAAGUCUUUGAAAAUUGCAAUAGAUGCUUUUUUUGUAAAGCAUGGAUUGAGUUUGACAAGUUUACGGGGGCAAGAGUAUUGGGAAUCACAAAAUGAACUGUCACAAGCAUUACAAGGAAAAGACCAGGAUCUUCUUAAUGCCAUACAAUUUGUACAAAUUUCGAAGCGUCGAUUGCAUAAAAUGAGAAAUGAAGACACUUGCUUCGACAUAUUGUUAAAAAAAGCUUCUGAUAUGUGCAAAGAUAAUGACAUACCAAUCUUGGAGAAUAUGGAAGAUAACUUUGCGAGGACAAAACAGGGGAUUGCGCCAAUUACAAAUAAACAUCAUUUUAAGGUGGAAUUGAUGUAUACAAUUUUGGAUGACAUUCAAGAAGAACUCAAUAAUCGUUUUGAUGAAGUAAAUAUGAGGUUGCUUCAAUGUAUGUCAUCUCUUGAUCUAGGUAACUCUUUUAUUGCAUUUAACAAAGAUAGAUUACUUGAAUUUGCAAAGUUCUAUCCUACCAAUUUUCCUCAACAUGAUAUUUGGUUGCUCGAUGAUAAACUUGAAAACUAUUAUGAGGAUGUUAACACCAAUGCCAAUUUCACUCAUGUCAAAGGGAUUGCCGACCUUGCUAAAAAAAUGGUUGAGUUUAAGAAGGAUGUUGCUUACAACAAAGUUUUCUUGCUUAUUAAAUUAGCAUUGGUUUUGCCUGUGGCUAUUGCAACAAUUGAAGGGGUGUUCUCUGCAAUGAAUCUUGUGAAAAAUAGUUUGCGUAAUCGAAUGGGAGACGACUGGAUGAACAAUUGCUUGGUGGUUUACAUUGAAAAGGAAGUUUUUGCUACAAUUGAAAAUGGAGAUAUCAUUGAACACUUUCAGAAUAUAUCGAAGCAGAAAAUCGUGUUAAAUUGA